AUGACUAGUGGAAGUGUAGUAGCUACUAGCUGGGAAGAAGUAGAACCAAUCUAUGAGAAAGGGAUUCAAACCUCGUUAACUUCAAGAAGAAUUGAGACUUUACGUUCAAUUCAAUCAGUUUUGCAGCACAUCCCAGAAUUGGAAUUGAACAAGAUUUCAUUAUUAUUAUUAAAGACAUACAACUAUUAUCAAGACAAUAAUUCAAGACAUGAAUUGUUAACUACGUUAAUGAAGUUGAUGCAAUUAAAUGAAAAGUAUUUAUUUGGUUUUGUUAAAUUUAUUCAUAAAGAAGUCAGUGGUACAACUUUGGCAAUAACUGAUUAUUUGACAUUAUUACAAUGGAUUAAUAAAUUCCACGUUUAUUUAGCACAAGAUCCUGAGUUGGUCAAAGGAGGUGAUUUGUUGAUUGAUACCCAUGCCAUUAUUUUAAAUAAAUGUAUUGAAUAUGAAGGUUUAAAGAAGGAACAACAUCGAAGGAGAAUUCAUGACUCAGCUAUUAAUACAACAAAGGCAUCAAUUGUCCAAGCCUUGGUUCAUACGAAAGACAAGGAAGCUUAUAUCCAAUUAAUUUGUAAUGUCACAAAAUCUAAAGCUAUUACUUCAAGUGAGGUCUUAUCUAUUUUAGCAGCAUUAAACUUGGCAAUUAAUGAAUUGAUACCUUCCAAGCCUUCUUUACUUGACACGUAUGUUACUUCCAACGGUGACAGCAUUCUUGACUUUUAUGUCAAUCAAGUUUUAUUAAGUAAAGUACCACCAUCUCGUGCAUCUUUGACUUUAUUUGGAACUUGUAUAGAAGGAUUAGUGAGUUUGGAAAAUUUCACUAAAGUUUUAUUACCUAACAUUGAAAAGGCAAUUUUAAGAUCUUCUGAAAAUUCAUUUGGUGUCAUUUUACCAAUCUUAUUCAAGAUAUUUCCAAAAAUUGAUAUCUCAGAAUCAUUUGUCAAAUCAAAAUUAUUGUCAUCAAUUAUUUCUGGUCUUAAAUCUCCUAAGGAACAAGUGAGGAAUGGUGCUCUUGAAACUUUUGAAUCAAUAUUAUCUAAUGAUUUUAUUGGCUGUACUUCAUUACCUGUAUUGGAAACAAUUGUGAAUGAAAUAAUCAAGGCAUAUAAAGCAACCUCGAAUGCUGAUUCUAAAUCAUUAUUGGCGAAAUCAUUAGUGGUUUUACCAAAGGAAGCUUCUUCUAGCAUAGUCAAAGCAUUAUUACCUUUUGUUCUGAAGGAUCAGAAUGAAAUUUCACUCGCAGCCCUUGUGAAAUCGUUUAUCCAUCAUGGAUUAAAUGCAUUUGAGGAAGUAAAGGAUCAAUUUAUAAAAGAAUUAAGUGCUGGACUUUGUCAUGCUAAACCACAACUUCGUCGUAUUUGGUUUAUUGAAUUUGGUGAACAAAUCUUCAAGAAUGAUCAAUUUGCAGAUGGUUUAUUAAAAGAGUUAUACCCAGUAUUAUUAAAGACUUUAGAACCAGCUCAACAAUCUCCACUCCCGUCAUUGGCGAAUAAAACUAUAGUUGGUGCAUUUGUAACCAUAGCAAUCUCAAAAUUAGCCAAGGACGUUGACACCAACAAGAUUUUCGUGAAUUCAUUGUCUUCAUCUUUAUUAACGAAUCCUAAGAUUUAUACUAAAUUGAAUGAAACUGCUGAAUUGCAAUGGUAUUUGAAAGCUCUUUACGAGUCUGGAAGAUUUAUCAAACAAACUGAGCAAUCUGUCCAGUCAGAUUAUGCAUUAGCUUGGGUAUAUCUUUUAACUUCACAACAUGUUGCUUAUGAUAUUAGAUUAUCUGCUCUUGAAUUAUGCAAACAAGCAUUAGAAUCAUUGGACGAAUUAAGUGGGUUAAUAAUUGAUGCAAGUUAUGAAGUAUUGAAAGUCAGCAGCAACCAUAAGGAGGAAAUAUUCAACUAUUUUUUUAAGAAUUUUGGUACUCUUUUCUCAGUAUUGACUCAGUUGGAUAAUCAUGACAAAGUUGAAGCAAAUGUUAGAAAAUUGAUCAUUGUUGCUAAUCAUCCUGAAGUUGGUGUAAACAAUGGUUGGAUCGGGUUGGCUCAAAGAAGUACCGGAAGUAUUGAUUUAGGAAAAUUAAUCGAAGCUGAACAUGAAGCAAUCGUGAAUGAAUGUUUUACUAUUGCAAGUGAGAACAAGUCAGCAAUCAGCCAUAUCUACCAAGCAGCACUUAAGUCUAUUGGAAAUAUUGCAUUUAUUCAACCAACUUUAGUUUCUAGCUUGCUUUCUACGUUGAUAAUCAAUAAUUUGGAGAUUGAACAAUUUGCUGAGAUUGAUGAAGAUUCAGUUAGAAUUUUCCAUGGAAAAGAAGGAGAAAUGACUAUUGAUAUUCUUGAUCAAUCCAGUAAGAAACAACAAGUUGUUGAUAAGAACUCCAAGGAUUAUGAAAUCAGGAAAUGGGAGGAAAGUAUUAAGAAAGAAUUAGCAGCAAAGAAGACAGCAGCCAGGAAAUUAACUAAAGAGGAGAUGAUAUUAGUGAAUGAACAAAUUGCCAAGGAAACUAAAAUCAGAAAGGAAAUCAGAGUCAUUGUGGAUAAGGCAAACUUUACAAUAAAAUUUAUUGGUCAAUUAGCUAGCGAAGCUUCAUUAGUAGAUAAUGGUGCAUAUAAUUGGUUCCCAGUCAGUGUUACAAAGUUGUUGGGAUUUUGCAAUCUUGAAUUUGUAUUUCAAUUAUUCGGAGAUGCACCUAUUAGAACAUUUUUGAAAUUGGCAGAUUUAAUUUCUUCAAGAUUAGGAUUAUUGAAACCAUUUGUGGGUGUUGCCACUCUUAGAACAUAUAAUGUCAAAGGAUUACCAGAUAACUUAACAGAGGAACCAUUAUUAUCUUUAACGGGAAGAAUUUUAUAUAGAAUCAAGAUCUUAGCUGACCAAAAGCAAUUGGAUUCAUUAUCAUUAUCAUACAUCUUACCAUUAUUAACAAAGGUUUUGUACAAUGGUAAGUUAGUCGCAAUUAAGAACUCAUCAAAGGCUGCGGUCACAUCUGAAUUCGUGGAAGAAGAUCCGGAAGAAGAACAAUUAUUGUUGGCCAUCGAAAUCAUAUCUGCACAUGCUGAUUCAUUUGAAGAUACAGGUAUUCCAAGAUCUGCUAUUUUAGAGGUUUUAAUUUCUUUGAUGAAGUUGCCAUCUAAAGCAAAAUUGUCAAAAGAAUGUUUCUUAUCUUUAUGUCAAUCCAUUUCUGUUAACAUUUCCGAAUCUGAUUUACAGUUACUUUUGACAAACAUCAUCACACCAGAAGUUUUUGUUAGGUCAACCAUUUUAGAAGGCAUUGAUUCAGAAUUUGAUUUACAUGGCGAAAUUGAAUAUUCUAAUGAAUUAUAUGUUGCAACUCAUGAUAAUGAUGCAAAUUGUCAAGAAUUAGCCAAGACUAUUUGGGAAGAUAAUAAUUUACAGAUUGUUCCAGAUGCUCCUAAGAGAUUGCUUGAUUUAUUUGGAAACGUUGAUUCUGGUUUGAGAAUGUCUAUUGCCAACGCGUAUGCUGACGCUAUUAGCCAAUUAAAACAAGAGAAUGAGACUAUACUUGACUCCUCUUUGACCGAUUUAAUUGAAUUAUAUCACGAAAAGAAGAACCCACCACCACCUAAGCUUGACAAAUUUGGUUUAAUUAUUAAAGCUACUGUUGAUCAAAGAGACCGUUGGGAAGAAAGAUCAACUAUUGCUUUAGCAUUGAAAUUGUUGGCCCCAUUAUUUUCAAAAUCAAACAUUGAAACAUUAUUUAAGUUUUUAGUAAAUGAGCAAGCAUUGGGAGAUAAAGAAGAUUUGGUACGUCAAGAAUUACAAGAAGCCGGUGUUGAAGUUAUAAAGAUUCAUGGUGCGGAAAAUGUUGAAGUUUUGAUCCCUAUAUUUGAAGACAAUUUAGCUGCAAAGGACCAACGAUCAAAAGUUCAGGAUACAAUCAAAGAAUCAGUUAUUAUUUUGUAUGGUUCGUUGGCUCGUCAUUUGGAUAAUUCAGAUGAAAGAUUGAAACUCAUUGUGGAUAGAUUAAUCAAGACCUUAGAUACACCAUCUGAAAAUGUUCAAUUUGCAGUGUCUGAAUGUAUUGCUCCAUUAGUUCCAGGAUUUGAAUCUAGACUCCAAGAAUUUUUUGAUUUGCUUUUUGAGAAAUUAUUCACAGGUAAAAGUUUGGCUUCAAGAAGAGGGGCUGCUUAUGGUAUUGCAGGUUUAGUUAAAGGUAGUGGUAUUAAGUCAUUGUCUUCGUUCGAUAUCAUUAGAAAUUUGGAAGAAGCAUCUGAAGACAAAAAGAACCCUGCAAGAAGAGAAGGUGUAUCAUUUGCAUUUGAAUGUCUUUCACAAAGUUUAGGUAAAUUCUUUGAACCUUAUGUCAUUGAGAUAUUGCCAAUCAUUUUGAAAUCCCUUGGUGAUUCAGUCCCAGAAGUUAGACAAGCUACAGAUGACGCAGCAAAGGAAAUAAUGAAGAAUACAACUUCUUUCGGAGUUAAGAAAUUAAUUCCGUUGGCUGUUUCCAAUUUAGAUGAAAUUGCUUGGAGAUCAAAGAAAGGUUCAGUUGAAUUAUUAGGAGCUAUGGCAUAUUUGGAUCCAACUCAAUUGUCAGCUUCAUUAUCUACUAUUGUUCCAGAAAUUGUUGGUGUCCUUAAUGAUACUCAUAAAGAAGUUAGAAAAGCUGCAGAACAAUCCUUAAAGAGAUUUGGUGAAGUUAUCCGUAAUCCAGAAAUUCAAGCUAUUGUUCCUGAUUUAAUCAAUGCUAUCGGGGAUCCAACCAAAUAUACUGAUGCAGCAUUAGAUAAAUUGAUCAAGACACAAUUCGUUCAUUAUAUUGAUGGUCCAUCAUUGGCUCUUAUUAUUCAUGUUAUUCAUAGAGGUAUGAAGGAUAGAUCAGCAGCAACCAAAAAGAAGGCUUGUCAAAUUGUUGGUAAUAUGGCAAUUUUAGUCGAUGGAAAAGAUUUGAGACCAUAUUUGAGUGAAUUAGUUGGCGAUUUAGAAGUUGCAAUGGUUGAUCCAGUUCCAGCAACAAGAUCAACUGCUGCAAGAGCAUUAGGUUCAUUGGUUGAAAAGUUAGGAGAAGAACAGUUCCCAACAUUGAUUCCAAGUCUCUUACAAACAUUACAAGAUGAGACUAAAGCUGGUGAUAGAUUGGGUUCUGCUCAAGCAUUAUCAGAAGUUAUUUGUGGUCUUGGUAUCAAUAAAUUAGAAGAAUUAUUGCCAACUAUUUUAUCAUCAGCCAGUUCCACACGUAACCAUAUUCGUGCGGGUUUCAUGCCACUUUUGUUGUUCUUACCAGUUUGUUUCGGUGCUCAAUUUGCUCCGUACUUGAAUAAGAUUAUUCCACCAAUUCUUAACGGUUUAGCUGACCACGAUGAAGAUAUUAGAGAUACUGCACUUAGAGCAGGUAGAUUGAUUGUGAAGAAUUAUGCUAAGAAGGCUGUUGAUUUAUUAUUACCAGAAUUAGAACUUGGAUUGGCUGAUAGUAACUAUAGGAUCCGUCUUUCAUCAGUUGAACUUACUGGUGACUUAUUAUUCCAAAUUACAGGUAUCUCAGGAAAGAAUGAACUUACUGAAGAUCAAGUUGAAACAUCAGGUGAAGUCAAUAAGACUCUUGUUGAAGUUUUGGGUCAAGAACGUCGUGACCGUAUUUUGGCAUCAUUAUUUGUUUGUCGUUCUGAUGUGGCUGGUAUUGUUAGAAGUGCAGCAGUGGAUAUUUGGAAAGCAUUGGUUGCAAACACUCCUAGAACUGUUAAGGAAAUUAUACCUGCAUUGACAACUAUUAUUGUUCGUAGAUUGGCAUCAAGUGAUGAAGUUCAAAGAACAAUUGCUGCUCAAACUUUGGGAGAAAUGGUUCGUCGUGUUGGUGCAAAUGCAUUAGCUCAAUUAUUACCUACUUUGGAAGAAUCCUUUGAUACAAGUGAUGACGAUGCUAAACAAGGUAUUUGUAUUGCUUUAACUGAAUUAAUCAGAUCCACUCAAAGUGAAGGUUUGUCCAAAUUCCAAGAUACAUUUAUUGACAUUAUUAAGAAAGCACUUAUUGAUAAUGAUUCAGAAGUUAGAGAAUCUGCUGCCCAAGCAUUUGAAGCCUUACAAAGUGAACUUGGUAAAGUUGUUAUCGAUCAAAUCUUACCUGACCUUCUUAACAGAUUGGAAGGUGACGAUUCUCAUAAUGCAUUAUUGGCUCUUAAGGAUAUCAUGGCCACAAAAGCCGAUGUGAUUUUCCCAAUUUUGAUUCCAACAUUAUUAGCCCCACCAAUCGACGCAUUCAAAGCAGGUGCACUUUCUUCAUUAGCAUCUGUUGCUGGUUCUGCCUUAUAUAAGAGAUUAUCUUUAAUUAUCAAUACUUUAGUUAACGCAGUCAUUGAAUCUAAAUCCGACACUGAAGGAGUUCAACAACAAAUUGCCGACGCAUUUAACAAGAUUUUACUUGCAAUUGACAGUGAUGAAGGUGUCCAUCCAUUGAUGCAACAAAUAAUGUCCUUGGUUAAACAUGAAGAUUCACAAAAGAGAGCGGUCAUCUUCCAAAGAUUAGGAAAUUUCUUUACAAAUACCACAUUGGAUUAUUCUAUGUACUUAGAAGAUAUGGUUAGUCAAUUUAUUCUUUCAUUAGGUGAUCCAUCUGCAGAAGUUGUUGAAGGUGCAUUUGAAGCUCUUUCUGCAUUAGUCAAAAGACAACCUAAAGAAUCUCUUGAGAAGUUGGUUAAACCUGCUCGUCAAGCUUUAGAUCUUACUGGUGUUAGAGGUGAAGAUUUAGCUGCAUUCAAAUUACCAAGAGGUCCAAACUGUAUCUUGCCAAUCUUUUUACAUGGUUUAAUGUAUGGUACUUCUGAUCAAAAGGAAUCAUCUGCUUUAGCAAUUGCUGAUAUUAUUGGUAAGACCCCAGCUAUUAACUUGAAACCAUUUGCAACUACUAUGACAGGUCCAUUAAUUCGUGUUAUUGGUGAAAAAGUAUCAAGUGAUAUUAAGGCAGCAAUUUUGGUUGCUUUGAAUAGUUUGUUAUUGAAGAUUCCACAAUUCUUGAGACCAUUUAUUCCACAAUUACAAAGAACUUUUGUUAGAUCUUUAUCAGAUGCAAGUAAUGAGAAGUUGAGAGCUAGGGCAGUUGUCGCAUUGGGAACAUUGAUUAAAUUCCAACCAAGAGUAGAUUCAUUAGUUACGGAGUUAGUAAGUGGUGCUAAGAAUUCCAAUGAUCAAGGUGUCAAGGCAUCGAUGUUGAAAGGUAUGUUAGAAGUUGUUAAUAAAGCUGGUCAAAAUUUGAGUGAGGCAUCCAAAACAUCUAUCAUGUCAUUAGUGGAAGAUGAAAUUACAGUUGUUGAUGAUAAAGCAGCAGUUUCAUACGCUAGAUUGUUAGGUUCAUUAGCAGGAGUUCUUUCAAAUGAUGAAGCUAGAAAUAUCUUAAAGUCCAAGAUUUUGGAAAAGGAAAAUAACUCAAAUGAUAAGUUUUGUAUAUUAUCAAUUAAUUCAUUCUUGAAAUAUUCCCCAGGUCAUAUUUUCAACACAGGAUUGAUAGCUGAAAUCACUGAUUUUAUUAUUUCAUGUUCCGAAUCAACAAUUGAUUAUAUUAGUGAUAAUGCAACCGUGGCUAUUGGUAAAUUACUCUUAUUAAUUGGAGAAAACAAAUCGCCAUUUUCUGAAUCAACAUCAACAUCCAACAACUUUGAAAUCGAUGAAGAAGAUCUUGACAAGUUAAUUAAACAACUUUGUCUUAUUACUAUCCAACCAAAGUCAGGUUCUCCAGAUACAAGAAGAUUAUCAUUAGUGGUAUUGAGAACAGUUGCAAGAUUGAAAUUCGAUCAAGUCGUCAAGAACAAUCUUGACAUUAUUGUUCCAAGCAUUUUUAGCUCAAUUCGUGAUGCAAUUAUUCCUAUUAAAUUGGCAGCUGAAAAGGCAUAUCUUGCCGUGUUCCAAUUAGUGGAAGAUAAGGAUAUGAAAUUAUUCCAAGAAUGGUUCGAAGGAAAAGAGUCAAUUGUUGCAAUAACUGGUCAAAGCAUUGUUCCAAGAUCGAUUGGUGAUUAUACAAAGAGAGUUGCAAUUAGAUUGGCAGGAGUUGAACGUGAAAGAAUUGAAGCGGGUGGUGAUGCCGAAACAAUGUUUAGUGAUAGAUUUGAAGAUGAGACUGAAGUAUGGGCAGUUGGUGGAACUGAAGUGAGUGGCUCCAAUUAG